UUUGGAAAUUUACUUUUCCUCUCUGUUUUUAGAGAAGAUAUGUAUGCUCAGGACUCUAUUGAACUGUUGACGACAUCUGGUAUCCAGUUUAAAAAGCAUGAAGAAGAGGGAAUUGAGACACAGUAUUUUGCAGAACUGCUCAUGACAUCAGGAGUUGUACUGUGUGAAGGAGUCAAGUGGCUUUCCUUUCAUAGCGGAUAUGACUUCGGCUAUCUAAUCAAAAUCCUGACAAACUCCAAUUUACCUGAGGAAGAGUUGGACUUCUUUGAGAUACUGCGGUUGUUUUUCCCUGUCAUCUAUGAUGUAAAAUAUCUCAUGAAGAGUUGCAAAAACCUGAAGGGUGGAUUACAAGAAGUGGCUGAGCAGUUAGAGCUGGAAAGGAUAGGACCACAGCAUCAGGCAGGAUCCGAUUCUUUACUCACAGGAAUGGCCUUUUUCAAAAUGAGAGAAAUGUUCUUUGAAGAUCACAUCGAUGAUGCCAAAUAUUGUGGCCACUUAUAUGGCCUUGGUUCGGGCUCAUCUUAUGUACAAAACGGCACAGGAAACGCUUAUGAAGAGGAAGCCAACAAGCAGUCAUGACAUGAAAUGAAAGGCCAUCUUUUUGACCUCCACAUGCUUGUAUAUAGGUUUUAUCUCUGGCUGAACCCCUUGGACAAUAAGGCUUUUUUCCCCCCUUUCUCAGUACACUUUCUUUUCUGCCUUUCUAUGUACUAAACUUGACUGUUCCUAUCACAGAUUUUGAUCUUGAUAUGUAAAAUUUUCUGGGUUACAUUUUGGCCUCUUAACUAGCCCAUUUGUAAAGAAGCAUGUAUAGGAUCAGUGUGGAAGAGAGAAGGGAAAAGUUGAAUCAUAAUGAACAGUCUGGUAAACUUACCUAUAUUGUUUUUCCAGUUUUUUGUCUCUUUCCCCUCCCUUCUUCAAUUAAUUGGCUCUGAUUGUAAUUAACUUCCCCCUUCUUGUCUGUUCCUUCCACUAUGCAGGCGUUUUAGCUAUUCAAGAUUGUGGACCAUCAAAUUUGCACUUUAGAGAGAGACUGACUCAGAUCCUCUGUUUUAUUUGAAGUUUGUUUUGGUUUUUUCUCUUGCCCUCAGCUAGAAAACAAUCAUCUGCCAAGUUCAGCAGCUUCAAGCUGUAUUUCCUUGGCAUCUCACCCCGUAAUCUCUGUUUGUUAAAGCAAAACAAACUACUGAAAUCAUAGUAACUGCUCUUAUUUUACUAUUGUUCGGUCAUCUUCAAACACAUCCUGCACAUGCCAACUGCUAUUUGGCCUUCUGCUUUAAAACCGCUCUGUGAUGGGGGAAAGAGCCUUGAAAAAACACCUUUACACCCUUCAGGAAAAGAACAGCUAUGACUUUAGCCUUUUUGCCAUUAAUCUGAGAGUUGAAGGAUAUUGGAAAAGUAGAAGUCUUGUAAUGGCACGCUUCCCUUGAUUAACCUCCUAGCUUUUAUUCUAGUAAUGUGCACCUCAGAUAUUUUUUAUGAAGUCAUAUUUAUUAUGUACUUGAUUUCAUGAUUUUUGUAAGUCAGUUUAGUUGAAGAUAAAACCCAAAGAUCUGAAAAAAUACUAUUUAAUUGAAAUAUUGAAUUAGAAGGACAAUUAAAUCAUGCUUUUUUGUAGUUGUUACAAAGACAGAUGUUACAGAUACUUGUUGUAAAACAACAAAAUAUGAAUAAUUUACAGCUAAUAAAGUUACCUGAGGAGUGUAAUGCUAGCUUAUUUUUGAGUAUAUUUUACAAUAUAUUUUAGAUAUAUUGUUUUAAAGGACCCUGGAGUAUGUUCUCAACUCUGCAUAGCAUUUAUACAGAGCAGUUGUGCAGGAAGGAGUUGUGGUAUUGAAUAGCUAAAUACUGGCCUGAAAUGAUGGAACGUGUGACAUUGUGUGUCUGCGUGUGCGCACGUGUGUGUGACACAGAAAUCAGUGGUAGAAAAAUCUCCAAAUGUUCACCAAAUAUUCUGUUUUAUCUUGUACUUAAAAGCAAAAGAUCAAACACCUUUCUCUCAUUGAAUUAUGAUGAUGUAACUGGGCAGUCCUUUUUAAACAAGUAAUUUGCAUAACAGAGGGUAUUUGUUUUUAAAGCUUUUGUAAAUAAAGGCCUAAGAAAUGUUUUCUUACAUAA